GAGGAAAGGGAGCAGAGAACCUGAAGAGGGAUCUGCAUUGUAAGUAGCCGGCACAGCCACCACAGUGUUUCUGCCUCUCUUCUUUACUUUUUUUUUUUCGCCAAGGAGAAGAAAAGAGGAGACUGGGACGAAGGAGAGCAGGAGCGUCUCGGGACAGUUUUCCUGCCCUGCCGUCCUGUCUGCGGAACAGUGGAGUUAAAACGAGAGAGAACAGGGAAGAGAAGCCGUGAGGAACUCAAGGCAGUCAUGGAUGACACAGUGGCUCGACUAUCACGCUAGGAUGGCUGGGAUUUGAACACGGCUGCUGGCGUGGUCCAGCCCACAAGAUACUGAUACCCAUGAGCUCCCAUGCGUUCUCUCAGCCAUGCUCCCCGGGUAUGGAUUCUCUCCUCUCCCUGACUUCCAGCCUCACCUCCACGCCUUCCGCUGCCGAGGAGAGAGCCCCAGCAUGUGGAUCCCUGGCUCAGGCGAGACCCAGGCUCUGAGCGAGGCCCGGGAUGACAGGCCCCUCCUGAGGCCAUGCCACCACAAGCACGUUGCCGUGUGCCAGCAGGAAACGCUGGCGUUUAUCGAGCUACAGCCUCCAGUGACGCCCAAAACCAACGGACAGGCUUCCCCCAAGUCCAGCCUUCUGAACACGAAGCACAGCCCGUUCUCUCUGGACAGCCUCAACAACACAGUCAAUGGGGCCCAACAUGGAAACCAGAGAAACAAGCCAGAUCGAGACACUGGAACAGACCUGAGCUUUGACGCCCAGUCCCUAGGGGGCGACGAUGAGUUAGAUCCCCAGAACAACGCAAGAACGGAUCCCUCAAAGGAGAAGCCCCUGGCGGUUUCCACCGUGUGCCGUCCCCUCUAUGCUGCCCUCAGCCUCCCCCUGACUCUCCCUCUGUCCUCCCUGUACAGAGACAGGGAUUCCUGGGACUCUCAGCUGCCUGGCUCCCCUCCCUCCCCAGAGGGUCCAGGGUUCCAGAGCCCAGACACCUGUCAGCCCCAGAGAAGGGUGUCGCAGGGCUCCCUCAAAGAGAAGUCCAUCCGGCGUAAAAUGCGAGUGUACUCUCCAGACAGCCCGAGCGACGAGUCUCUUAACAGCCCCGUCCUGGACACUGACUACCUUUUCCCAGGAUCCUUUGUGUCCUUCCUGGAGGAGGACCCAGAGGGCGGGACUUUCCUGGAGGAGGCAACGAGUCCCUUGUCAACAGAGGCUGUGGACCACCAAACGUCAAACUUCCCAAAGACUCUACUGUUACCCACAGAGCCACUGCAGCUGUCUGAAGACUCCAUACCAGGGAUCAGGGAGGACUGCGUAGCUGCAGAGACCUCGCUCGCCACCAGGGGGAGCUCCUCGACUCGUGCCCGCUCAACAGACCACGAGCGGCGGCGGUUCUCAGCCUCGGAGCUUAUCUCCAGACUGCAGCUGUCCCAGAGGAAGAACUCCUUCACCCUGAAGCUUGGGAAGUCCCUCUCGGCUCGCGUGGCCUCCAGAGAGCGGCAGAAUCCCAACAGUCUCAGCCCCAACCCUGACUGUAAGUCCACCUCCAGGCACCGCUGCUCAGGGGGCUCCUGUGACAGCGCCCCCCACAGCCCUGUAGGACCCGCCCCACCUCUGCCCCCCACAGACAGCAACAUGUCGCUGCAUCGAUGGAGCACCAAACUCAGCAUGAGGAAGAAGUCGGCGGAGGAGGACUGGUGCUCUCCUCCCACUCUCAGCAGUUCCAACCGCCUGUCGCGAUUUCUUCCCAGCUCCAUUCUGUACCAGGAGUACAGCGACGUCGCCAUCAACAGAGAGAUCCAGAGGCAGCAGGGGGCGGAGCCCGGCACGGAGGAGGAGGGGCCGAGAGAGGAGGAGUCAGGUGACACCCCGUCUCCGUCCAAUCUGUCUCCGUCCAGCUCCUUCCGCUCGUCGCGCGGCUCCGCCUUCUCCCUGUGGCAAGACAUCCCCGACGUCCGGACCAGCGGCCAGCUGGACAACUUCAGCAACGAGGAGUGCAAGCUACAGGAGGCUAAGUUUGAGCUGGUGACGUCGGAGGCGUCGUACAUCCGCAGCCUGACCAUCGCUGUGGACCACUUCAUGCAGUCCCAGGAGCUGGGGGAGUGUCUGGGGGUGCAGGACAGACAGUGGCUCUUCUCCAAGCUCCCUGAGGUCAAGGACGUCAGUGAGAGAUUCCUGCAAGACCUGGAGCACAGGCUGGAGGAAGACAUAUUGCGUUUUGACGUGUGUGACAUUGUGUUCACCCACUGUCCAGCCCUGCGCAGGGUCUACCUCCCCUACGUCACCAACCAGGCCUACCAGGAACAGACCUACCAGCGGCUGCUGCAGGAGAAUGCACGCUUCCCUGGUAUUCUGGCUCGUUUGGAGGAAGACCCCAUCUGCCAGCGUCUUCCUCUCACCUCCUUCCUCAUCCUCCCCUUUCAGCGGAUAACACGGCUCAAGAUGCUGGUGGAGAACAUUCUGAAGAGGACGACGCCAGGCUCUCGCGAUGAGGACACAGCCACCAAGGCUUUUAAUGAGCUGAAAAAGAUCAUAAAGGAAUGUAAUUCCAGCGUGCAGUCAAUGAAGAGGAUGGAGGAGCUAAUUCACCUCAAUAAGAAAAUCAACUUUGAGGGCAAGAUCUUCCCUCUGAUCUCUCAGUCUCGCUGGCUGGUGAAGCAUGGUGAACUGCUGGAGGUGGACACACAGACUAUGAGCAUUUCCGGGUCAAAGUUCAAGUUGCCCACUAAACCUGUGUACCUGCACUUGUUCAACGAUUGUCUUCUGUUGUCCAGGAGGAAAGACACCUGGAAGUUCAUGGUGUUUGUGCAUGCGAAGAUCGGGGAGUUGAAAGUGAAGGACCUUGGUCAGAAGCUUCACGGCAUCUCAGGGUUCAUAUUUUACCUCCAGCUUUGUGAAGGCCAGCAGCUCAAACACCAGAUCCUGCUCAAGGCCCACACAGAGAGUGGGAAACAGAGAUGGAUCACAGCAAUGUUCCGAUCUGAUCCGUUGGAGGACAUCGAACAAGCCAGCAUCAACGACGAUCUUUCGCAAGUUCAGUGCAUAAGGAGCUACCAAGCCCAGGAGCACGAUGAGCUAACGUUGGAGAAAGCGGAUAUUCUUCAAGCAAAGACAAUUACAAGUGACGGCUGGGUGGAGGGCAUUCGCCUGUCUGAUGGAGAGCGGGGCUGGUUCCCCAAAACCUAUGUUGAGGAGAUCACGAGUCGAAGCGCACGUCUCCGCAACCUCCGCGAGAACAUCCGCGUCAAGUGUGUCACCCAGAAGCUAGAGGAUGAGCUCUUUUAAACAGCCACCUUUAAUUCACUAUAUACACUCAGAAUGUCAAACUGUAAACGUUCACGGUUACCCAGCUCAAGUAUUUUUCUAGAACUGCUUCAUGUCAUUGAAACGAUAUUAAGUUUUAUAAGUGGUGGAAGUGGGAGUUUUGAUUUAGUGUCAGCAGGUGCUAACAAGGUGUUUACCGAAAUACUGGCUCGUCUUAAACAGACUGUAAGCAAUAGGGCUGGUUAGCGGCCGUUUUCUUUCAUGCUUGCUAUGACUGCAUACAACACCACAGCAUCACGCCAAUGUUAUUAGAGACCAAAUCUUGAAAGUGUAUGAUUUGAUUUACCCAUUGAAUUACUGUUCUGUGCAAAGGCUUGCACCAUUGACCAACCACUACCAUCUACACAGAUGUUCACAAUUCCAGUGGCACAUUUACUGUUCUUCGACAUAUUUUUUGUUGUAUUACUGAGUUGUAGUACUAAUUUAAGUCCUUCCUGUUGAAGCUCCUAUAGCUGGUUAUUCUCUAUGGAGAUAUAAUGAUGUAAAUUUCAUAUUGUAGAUGUACUUACCUGUUGAAAUGAAUAGUAUAACACUUAAUUCACUAUAUUGAAUUGUAAUUUAUAUAAGCCAAGGUCCGCCAAAAAUAUUCUAUAUUCUUUAAAAUAAACCUUUAAUAAACUGACAGUGGAUGAACAAUGUGGAUAGCUGAAGGCUGAGGGAGGCAAUACACUGGGGCCUAGUUUCCCAGACAUGGAUUAAGACUAGUCCUAAAGUAAGAGAAAUAUUCAAUUAAGAUCUCCAUUGAAAAAGAUGUUGGUCUAGGACGAGGGUUAAUCCAUAUCUGGGAAACUGGGCCUGGGUGUUUAACUGGAUGUAAGCACAAUAAUGUACAUGUCUAACCCUUCAAAUAAAUGCAAAUACUUCCAA